AUGAAAGCUUCGGGCCGCUUGCUAAAAUGGGCAAUUGAGCUCAGUGAGUUCGACCUACUGAUCCGACCCAGACAUGUCAUCAAGGGACAAGCCCUUGCAGAUUUUGUGGCUGAAUUUACCAUAACACCAGAAAUGGACACGGCAAUGGAACCAACCAAGCCCCCAACAUGGCACUUGUUCGUGGAUGAAUCCUCAGGAGAGACUGGCUCCGGAGCUGGGAUUGUCUUGGAAAGCCCGAAAGGCCACAAGCUAAAUUGUGCAGUAAGGUUCGAUUUUAAAGUCUCGAACAACGCUGUCGAAUAUGAGGCCCUUAUAGCAGGCCUUAGGCUCGCAAAAGAAAUGCAGGUCAAAAGGCUCCUAGCAAAUAGAGACUCUCAACUUGUGGUGAGUCAGGUCAACAGGAACUUUGCCGCCAAAGACAGUAGCAUGGCCGUAUAUUUAAAAUUGGUCCUAGACCUAAUCCCACAUUUCGAGAUGUUCGAAUUGAUCCAAGUCCCACACCUCGAGAACACUUACGCAGACGCCCUGUCAAAAUUAGCCAGCAGCAAAGACUCAGAGCUGCUAAAUAUUGUCCCCAUUGAACGCUUGUUGAAGCCCUCCAUCCUCGGAGGUGAAGAGUUGUUAUGGAUAGAAAGUACCCCAGCAUGGAUGCAACCCAUCAUGGCCUAUCUUAAGGAUCAAUCACUACCAGCUUCAAGAAGCGAGGCGAAGAAGUUAAGAAGAAGAGCCGCGCACUUCGUCCUACAAGAGGAUAUCCUCUACAAAAGAGGCUUUGCCUCACUACUUCUCCGAUAUGUAGGAGAGGAAGAAGCCAUGUAUAUACUCGGGGAAAUCCACGAAGAGAUUUGCAGAAAUCACUCUGGGGGAAUGGCUCUGGCACACAAAGUGCUUCGACAAGGCUACUUCUGGCCAACCCUGAAAAUGGAUGCUUGCCAAUUCGUUCAGAAAUGUGAUAAGUGCCAACGCUUCUCAAAUAUUCAAAGACAGCUUUCUCAAAGCCUCUCUGUGGUCACCAGUCCAUGGCCAUUUGUCAAAUGGGACAUCGACUUUAUUGGUCCACUUCCAAAAGGAAGAGAAAGCUCGACUUUUGCCAUUAUCGCCAUUGACUACUUUACUAAGAAGCUUGACGCCUCGAAGGGGGCAUGGGUCGAUGAGCUUCCCCACGCCAUCUGGGCCAUCCGCACAACUAGCCGAAUCGCUACAGGAGAGACACCCUUCUCGAUGACCUACAGAGUCGAAGCCAUCAGCCCUGUCGAGGUAGGGGUCCCAUCGCAUCGUCGGAUAUACUUCAAUGAGAUCGAUAACGAUGAAACUUGA